AUGACCCGCAAAGUCGGCCGCGGUGCACUCCUCACAUCAAAUCUCCCUCAGCUUCAGAACUUAAUAAAGAGAGAUCCUGUAUCAUACAGGGAUGAAUUUCUGCAGCAAUGGGGCCACUACGACUCGAUUAGAAGGAUAUUUGCUUUGAAACCGGACGAUAAUGCGCAAGCAGAGAGGUUUAGGGAGCUUGUGACAUUCAUAUCUCAUGUCGCACAAUGCUUUCCAAAAGAGACCGCCGAUUUCCCUUCGCAUUUGUCCGAGCUAUUAUUACAGAAUUAUUCGACCCUCACUCCCGAUACACGUAAAACUCUGGUAUCAAACCUAGUAAUGUUAAGGAAUAAGGAUGUUAUCUCAUCCGUCGAACUCCUUAAAUCACUCUUUCCGCUUCUCCCUAAAACCACAUCCUCAUCUCUCCGAAGCUUCAUUCGCAAAACUAUCUUGACUGACAUCCGAACUGCUAAUCAAAAGACCAAGAAUCACAAACUUAAUCGAGCCGUACAGGCAAUGCUUUUUGGUAUGGUCGAGCGUGGCAUGGAUGGAGAAGUGCAAGGUGAUAAGGGUAAACUCAGAAGCAAGCCUGUGGGAGAGCGGGAGACUGGUGAGGAAGCCAUGUGGGCUAUUAUGGUCGCGAAGGAACUCUGGAAGAAGGGUGUCUGGAACGACGCCAAGACUGUAUCGAUUGUUGAGUUGGGAUGUUUCCAUCCUGUAACCAAAGUACAGAGCGCAUCAUUACACUUCUUUUUGGGAAGCGACGAAGAGGCUCAAGAUAGCGACGAAGAAGAAGAUGAGGGGCCAGAUAUGAAGGCACUCCAACAUAAGCGGACGAUCAACAAAAAGACUCGAAGUGGUGAAAAGAAGAUCGCAAAAAGUGCUAAACAGGCAAAGAAAAAACAAAGAGCUAAAGCUAGCGAUGAGUCCAAAGCAAAUUUUACUGCACUUCAGCUCUUGAACGACCCCCAAACAUUUGGCGAAAAACUCUACGACUUAUUGAAUAAAUAUGGCAUUCGAGUCAUGGGCGCGCAUAAACUCUGCGUGCUUUCAUUCUACUCGUUCAUUGUCAAGUACCUCACAUACCACCAAUUACGAGUAACAUCCAUCCUAGUUGCCCUUGCUCAAUCCACACACGACCUCACACCUCCCGAUGUCCUAGAACCCGUCAUUCGAAAGAUCGCUCAUGAAUUUGUCCAUCCGGGUGUUGGGCCCGAAGUCAUUGCCGCCGGACUCAACUCGAUUCGUGAAGUCGCACGACGACAACCGUGGAAUGUUGAAGCGCCGGGAGAGAGGGAAGAGCGCCAGCAUGGGGAUGAAGACUGGGUCUGGACCAUUACCGUUUGGUUACUCGAGGAGCAUUUGGAAAACAAAAACACUGGGGACUCGGAUGCUGGUUCCGAUGCUGGCUCUGAAGAUGGUGACGGUUGGGACGGUUGGGAUGUUGAAUCCGACUCGGACGAGUCUUCAUCGGCAUCCGAGGGCUGGAUCGAUGUGGAGUCUGAUAGCGAGGAGUUGGAUGUUAGCGACAGUGACGACGAAGAGGACAAGAAGAAAAAGAAGAAAGGCAAACAGGAGGAGUCAGAGGACGAGAAUGAUGAGGAACUCGGACCGGACUCCGAGCAAAAGUCCGAAGAGACGCGGGUGUCCACUCUGGCAACGACUAAAAUCCUCACUCCUGCGGAUUUUGCACUUUUAAACGAACUUCGCAUCAAAGCAGCAACCAAAGAGGCCGAAUCCGGUGGAGGGUCCGCAGCCAAGCGAAAAUUGGCGGUACUGGAGGCCCAGAAAAAGGCCAACGCUCAAAACCCUGGUGACGUGUUUUUGUCCGAGGGUGACAUUGAAGGACCCCGCAAGAAAGCCAAGGCAGACUACGAAGAACGUAUGGCAUCUAUUCAAAAGGGACGUGAGGGACGUGAGAAGUUUGGUUCAGCCAAGGGCAAGAAGAAGAAGGACGUACCAAGCAGCUCGACAAAUCGUGAAAAGGCCAGGAACAAGCCGUUGAUGAUGAUCCUCGCAAGUGGAGCAGUGAGGAGCAAGAAGAAAGCUAGUUUGAGAGAUAAGCAGAAGAAGCUUCGUGCGCAUAUAGACCGGGCGAAGAAAGCCAAGUAA